AUGGUUGUUGGAGACUUAUCUUCUUCUUCUUCCCCGGAGUUGCAUGUUCUUGCCGUCGAUGAUAGUUUCGUCGACCGUAAGGUUAUCGAGAGAUUGCUUAGGAUCUCUGCUUGUAAAGUGACGACUGUUGAGAGUGGGACUAGGGCUCUUCAGUAUCUUGGUCUUGACGGAGACAAAGAAUCUUCUGGUCUUAAGGAUUUGAAGUUGAACCUGAUAGUGACAGAUUACUCUAUGCCUGGACUAACAGGAUAUGAACUACUCAAGAAGAUCAAAGAGUCAUCAGCAUUUAGAGAAAUACCAGUAGUGAUAAUGUCGUCUGAGAAUAUACAACCUCGUAUUGAACAAUGUAUGACAGAAGGAGCAGAGGAUUUCCUGCUGAAACCAGUGAAAUUAGCAGAUGUGAAGCGUUUGAAAGAACUUAUAAUGAGAAGUGGUGAAGCUGAAGAAGGUCCUAAGAGCUUCCUUCAAGACGACACUGAUUCAUCAUCAUCAUCAUCAUCAUCAUCAUCAUCCUCUCAUGAUGUUUCCUCUCUGGAUGAUGACAUCCAAUCUUCCAAGCGGAUGAAAUUAUAA